CAUAAAAUCCCAUAAUUAUUUGACUUUUGUUCUCCUCUGUGAUACCACGCUACUUCAUCUCUCUCCUUAAAUACCCCCCUCUCUCUCUGCCCCCUCAACUUCCUUCUUUAUCGCACUGCCACAUCCUAUUUCACAGAAAAUCAAAGAAGUGGUUGAAUUAUUGCACGUUAACUGGUCAAUAUUGGUAGCAGCGUGUUAAUGCUGGCAAUCAGUCAUAUUCAUUUGACUGAUUGCCAAUUAGCAGAUGGGUACCGAGAGUUCACUGAAGCCUAAUACAGCCUUAGCGGGUGUGCAUGGAGUGCAAAUGGUGCCUCAUUCACCAUUUGCAUUGGAAGAGAUAAAACAACAUGGGGACUUGCAUCAACCUCGACAUGAAAGUUUUCCUGUUGGAACAAGACAUCAGCUAAUAGUUCAGAGAGUUUGGCAGCAAAGGCCUGGUUGCCUGAGGCCCAUCCGUUGCUGUCUCCACGGUGAUAGUACCGUCGCUGAAACUAUUGCUAAUGUGAUCACUUCUCUUCCUUUUAUUGCACUUGGACUUCAGGCUCCAAGGAAGAAUCUCCAUUGCAAACUUUAUGCCAAUUCCUUGAUUGGAGUUGGAAUUGCCUCCACUUUGUACCAUUCUUCAAGAGGGAAAGUAAGACGGUAUCUGAGAUGGGCUGACUACACGAUGAUAGCAACAGCAACGGUGUGUCUAUCAAGGGCACUAAGAAAUGAGAAUCCAAAAUUGCUGAUGGCUGCAUCUGCAGUCCUCCUACCGAUCCAACCUCUGAUGGUUUCUGCUGUUCACACUGGAAUUAUGGAGGUUGCAUUUGCAAAAAGAGCAAUCCAAGAUCCAGAACUGAGGAUGGCUCACAAUGUGCAUAAAAUGUCAUCAUUGUUAGGCGGUGCUCUUUUCAUUGCUGACGAUGUCUUUCCUGAAACACCUUUUUUGCAUGCUGGUUGGCAUCUUGCUGCUGCUGUUGGUGUGAGUACUUGCAAUAAGCUUCUUGAGUAGGCUAAUGUUGCAAUCAAAUAUCCUGUCAAAUUUGUCGAGAUCACUUGCCGUUGCUGGCAAAGAUUGUCCAUUUGUUCAAACAAGUAGUGAAAAGCACACACUGCGAUCUUGGAUUAGUCUUGUAAUUCAAUGGUCCGUUCUUGUUUACUGUUCGUUGAUAGUGUUUGUCGGGUUAGUUAUGUACAACCAUAGUACUAUGGCAAUUAGCGUUGCUUUAUAUUUAUGAUGCAAUGUAAACAUUGUUUGCAAGAUAUGAUAUAUCUGCAGUCUUGCUAUGAACUUCUUUUCUGCUGUUGAAAGUCCAGUAUUCUUGAAGUCGAUUAUGGAACGUUUUUUUU